GCAUGUUCGUGUAGUCUGUCGGCUUCCCAGUCGCCGCAUCGAUGGUGCACACACAGAGGAGGGCCGCACCAUGUCAUCCUUGAGGCUGACUGGUGUCUUGGAGCCUUGCAGGGUGGGCAGUGCGGUCGACUGGAGCUGCGGCUGAAUGCCUUCGUUCCCGCACGGGAUGAAGAAUACGUGGCCGAAAUGCGAUGCCCUCUGCAUGGCCGUCUUGAGGAUGUGGGGUCGUCUUUGGCCUGCUGUGUGUGACGAGGGAAAGUCGCCGAAUUCGAGGGCGAGGUACACCACAGAUGUCCUCUGCUGAACAGAGUAUUCGAUGGGCGCCAGCACAUCAGCAAUCAGCAAGGUCGAAUCCAAGGGCGAUGUGGUCGUGUCCUUGGUGUCGACCUCGCUGUCACAGUUGCCGGCAUAGAGCACUCCCGCCGGUGUGUCGUGGGUACCCACGCUGCUGGCGAGCGCCUUUGUUUCGCUAUAGCCACUUCCGCCCUUCUGUAGAGGCCUUGUGACUUCGUACGCGAGGAAGUCGUCCACGAAUCCGUUGUCGUCAUCGUCGUGCUGGGGGCGGGGGGAAGACGGGUGGAGACGGGGGGGAGGGGGGAAGCAGAGGGAAAGGGAAGGGGAAGCAGUGGACGACUGGCAGAGCGGCAGGUUGCAGUGCACACGUUCCUCGAGAGAAACGAAUGCUUCAAGCAAACGCUCCUUGAAAGAAGCGAAUGCGGCAAACGUUCCUUCGAAGAAACGAAUGCUCAAUGCAAACGGCCCUUUAAAGAGCCGAAUGCCUGAAAGCCGCUCAGGGGGCGAGAGCCUCCGGGGGGAUGGGAUCCACCUCCGGAGUCAACUCGAAGUAGUAGACCAGCUGCCAGUCGCCACUCAACGCUCCCAGUUUCCCCAGGCCCGGGUCGUCGAUCUGGUAUCUCCAUCCCGACUCCUUGUCCCGGGUGAAACGAUACUCCCACUGCAGACAACCACCCAUCCAUCCAGGCACACGCAAAAGAAGAUAAGGCGAGAAGUAUACAUCCAUCUGUCUGUCUGUCUGUCUAGCUCAGUAUCAGCCUUUGUCAGUACCGCCGUCACCCUCUUCUCGUCGCCGUCGUGCAGCACGCAAACUUCCCGUCGCGGUGGACGGUGGGUCCAGGGUGCCGCGGAGCCGCCGUGGGGGAUGCCGUCAGAAAUCUGGCAGACAUGCGCAGAACAGGUUGAAUCCGAUGGGCUCUUCAUCUAUCUCAUGGAUGCCUCCCCGCCGGGCCCGCUUUGCUGCGUGUGCUUACGUCUCUCUUUGGCUGCUCGCACCACAUCCACCCCUUGUCGGCCCCGACGAAGCCCUCCGGCACCGGCGCGCAGGUGCCGACCGGCACGAGCUCCUCCUCCCGCUCCCACCGCCGCCGCUUGUCCUCCUUGCCCGUCCCCCGUCCCCACCUCGCCUUUCGCCUGACACGCACAACACAACACGACACAACCCGACACAACCCGGUCUCUCCCUGUGCCCCAAGCGUCUCUCUUGCUUUCCUCACUGAGUGCGGAAGAGCUGUCUUGUCAUGGGUUCGUCGAACUGCGUGGCCCAGAGGCCGUGGUCGCUCGCCGUGUUGCCCAUUCUCCUGUCUGCCGUCUCCCCUUGGGGGCUGGUCCCCAGAGCGAAGCUCGCCGCGGACAGCAUGACUGUUGUGACGGCUCUCGCUGCCUCAC